AUGCUACACAAAGACGUGGAUAAAGAAGUUGAGGAUCUUACGAUGGAAAUAGAGCAAAAUGAAAAUGUAGUUGAUGGAGUAAAGGAGCCCAAGGUUGGGAUGAUGUUUGAUUCCAUUGAUGAUGUUGUUGAGUUCUACAGAAAGUAUGCAAAGGAAAAGGGUUUUGGCAUGUCCAUAAGAACCUCAAAAAAAGUAGGAGGUGAGGUGAGAUAUGUGACAAUUGCUUGCAGUCAUUCAGGAAAGCCAAGAACAAGAGAUAUGAAAGUUAAUCAAUUGCGCCCACAAACAAAAACAGAUUGCAAAGCUAAGAUCACGAUAGUCAUAUUGGCCGAUGGAAAGUGGAAGUUGAGCUCUUUUGUUCUUGAUCAUAACCAUGUGGUAAGUCCAGGGAAAGCUCGACUUCACAGAUGCCAUAGAGUUCUUAAUGCAAAUGUGAAAAGAAAGCUUUUAGUGCAUGCUAAAGUUGGAGUUAGACUGAACAAAAGUUACACUUUGUUGGCAGUAGAGCAAGGGGGAUAUGAUAAAUUGGAAUAUACAGAGAAAGAUUGCAGGAAUUUUUUGAAUAAAAAGAUACAUUUGGAGCUAAGGGAGGGAGAUGCCAUGGCGAUGCAAAAUUACUUUUUGAGAAUGAAAUCAGCUACCAUUACAUAA